GGGGCGGGCAUGGGACCCAGGCAAAGGGAGAAGGAGAUCCGCCGCGCAUGCGCACUGGGCCGGGGCUUCGAGCUCGCGCUUUCCUGGGGCGGGAUGAAGAAGAAGAGAGCGAGGGGCUGAAAGAGCAGGCCGGAGGGAGACACUUCCUGCAGUUCCUGGGCUGCUCCGCGCCUCGCCGCCGUCACCCCCUCGCUCUAGGAGGGGCGGGGUCCCCGAAACCAUGGCAAUGACUGGCCCAGCACCUUGCUCAUCUAUGAGCAACCAUACCAAGGAGAGAGUUACAAUGACAAAAGUGACAUUAGAGAAUUUCUACAGUAAUCUGAUUGCACAGCAUGAAGAACGGGAAAUGAGACAAAAGAAGCUAGAAAAGGUGAUGGAAGAAGAAGGCUUGAGAGAUGAAGAGAAAAGGAUGAGAAGAUCAGCACAUGCCCGAAAGGAAACAGAGUUUCUGCGUCUAAAAAGGACAAGACUUGGAUUGGAAGAUUUUGAGUCUUUAAAAGUAAUUGGCAGAGGAGCAUUUGGAGAGGUGCGGCUUGUUCAGAAAAAAGAUACAGGACACGUGUAUGCAAUGAAAAUUUUGCGUAAAGCAGACAUGCUUGAAAAAGAACAGGUUGGCCAUAUUCGAGCAGAGCGUGACAUUCUAGUGGAAGCAGAUAGCUUGUGGGUUGUAAAAAUGUUCUAUAGCUUUCAGGAUAAGCUAAACCUGUAUCUAAUUAUGGAGUUCCUGCCUGGAGGAGAUAUGAUGACAUUAUUGAUGAAAAAAGAUACACUGUCAGAAGAAGAGACUCAGUUUUAUAUAGCAGAGACUGUGCUAGCAAUUGAUUCAAUUCACCAGCUGGGUUUUAUUCAUCGUGAUAUCAAGCCAGAUAAUCUUCUUUUGGACAGUAAGGGACACGUGAAAUUAUCAGACUUUGGUCUCUGCACUGGACUAAAGAAAGCACAUAGAACCGAGUUUUAUAGAAACCUGAGCCACAAUUUGCCUAGUGACUUUACCUUUCAGAAUAUGAAUUCUAAAAGGAAAGCAGAAACUUGGAAAAGAAAUAGACGACAAUUGGCUUUCUCUACUGUGGGAACUCCAGAUUACAUUGCUCCAGAAGUUUUCAUGCAGACAGGCUACAAUAAACUUUGUGACUGGUGGUCACUUGGGGUCAUCAUGUACGAGAUGCUCAUUGGUUACCCUCCCUUCUGUUCAGAGACACCCCAAGAAACAUACAAGAAGGUGAUGAAUUGGAAAGAGACGCUCAUAUUCCCUCCAGAAGUACCAAUCUCUGAGCGAGCCAAAGAUCUUAUUCUAAGAUUUUGCUGUGAAUGGGAACAUCGAAUUGGUGCUCCUGGUGUUGAGGAAAUUAAAACAAAUCCUUUUUUUGAGGGAGUUGACUGGGAGCAUAUCAGGGAGAGGCCAGCUGCAAUACCUAUAGAAAUCAAAAGUAUAGAUGAUACAUCAAACUUCGAUGAAUUUCCAGAAUCUGAUAUCCUUAAACCAGCAGUGUCUACAAGUAACCACCCGGAAACAGACUACAAGAAUAAAGACUGGGUCUUUAUCAAUUAUACCUACAAGCGUUUUGAAGGCCUGACCGCUCGAGGUGCAAUACCGUCCUACAUGAAAGAUGGAAAGUAGUAACUCACAGUUGGACUUCUGGACCUUCAUUUUAGUUUGUCAACACACAUUGUUUUCUUCUGCACUUCAAAGCUUUACCUGAGGGCUGUGAACUCUUGAGAAGAAUGCUGGAUAACAUAAUACGCACUGUGAUUUACAUUACAGUGGAUUUCUCUAUGGAAAAUUUCCACAAUCUUAUUGUCUGCCUUUAUUGCAGAUUAUAUGUAUUCUGGCUUCAGUUAAAGUUCUUAUGACUGUUACUUCAACAAGAGGGAGGCAAGAACUAGCUUUUAUUUACUAACGUGGCAAAGCAUAACAUAACUGUACUCUGUAUUCUGUCUCACAAGUGCUUCAUGAAAAUACAGCACUGUUCCAAGGGCUACAGUACUGUAGAAGAAACAAAGCAAUAACUAGCAUGAGGUAGACAAAACUCUCAGUAACUUAUCCCACAGGUGGGCAGAUCCUAUAUUGCCUUAAAUAUCACUAUAGUCUUUUUAUACUUCAUUCAAAAAGCUUUUUGGAUAUAACAUCUUUUUCAACCUCAAAACCUGCUGCACUUUACUGUUGGUACUAAAAUAGUGAACUUAAAAUGUUAAAAGCCCCCCCCCCCCAUGUUACAGAUUUGUGGAACAUUAUCCUUUUUAUAAGCAAUGUUCAGGGCAAUGACAAGGGGUGAUUUCUUGAGAAGUUGUUUUUUGUAAUGUUUUGUCUUUUCUGCAAAGAUACAGAUCACGUAUAGUAACAGUAUAAGCUCCCCAGGGCUAAUACUGUUACUGCAAGGUCUGUUUGUAACAAUUUGGUAGCAAUAUGGGGAAAAGGACUUCUUCUCCCUCCUCUCUAACUUCCAGAUUUUAACUAAGCAGGGCCAGGAAGGUGAUACAGACAGUUAAUUACAAUGUGAAAGAUUUAAACAAGUAGUUUGGGAUACUUAAAACUUCAUACUUCUGGAGCUUGGGAGGCUGAGAACUCUUUAAGUGCCUUUCAAAUGCUACCUGUAAACAACUCUUAGGCAGGCCUCUUCAACCUGCAGCUCUCCAGGUGUUUUGGACUUCAGCUCCCAGACCAUUGAACAAGCUGGCUAAGGUUUCUGAGAGUUGGAGUCCCAAACACUUGGAGGGCCACAGAUUGGAGAGGCCUGUGUAAUGGCUCUGUUUGUUCAAAAUUUCUGUGUGGUGCAAUUUCAUGUUCCAGACACCUCUUCAGGUGGCCUUGGUACUUCUUUAAAAUCAUUCAGACUGUCUAGCUGACUCCCUACCUUCUAAGUUUUUGCAUGACAUGUAAUAAUAUACUGCCAUUGUUGAGUAUCUCAUUCACUUGCUGUCCUUCAAAAGUAACCAUCUUAGAAAUAUACAUGAUAACCUGUUUAAGAUAAGCACCAUACAUACAGCAGGGUUAGUUGUAUAGGAAUGAAUCUAGUACUUUUCAAAGCUCAAAAAGGAAAAUGAGAGGAUGGGACCUAAAGUAGUUUGGGGACCUUCCAGGUACAUUAGUAUUUGUAUUGGACAAUGUCAUAAAAACAUUGAGUUUCCCUUUAGUAAAAUGUCCUGGCAGUUUUAUUUAUUCUUAUGCAACUAGACUGAAAGCCAUUUAAGUGUUGGUACUUAGUUAAAAUUUGGGGACCAGGACUCACUUCUUGUAAUUUAGAAGACAUUGGUCAAAGAUCAUCAUAUCCGCCUCAAGAAAAUCUGGUGAAUCUUGGAAUGGAAUUACAAUCGCAGCUUCCAGUCAUUCUCCUAGAAGAUAUAUUUUGUUUUAGCUAAUUUCUGACCUCAUCCCUUUUGAGUUCAUGAGAUAGUUUCCACAUAAGUAGUAUUGCUCAUUGUAUCAUAAAGAGUGAUAUCUUUCCAAGGUGAUGUCCCAGAUGGUCUUAUAUGCAAGUUUAGAAUAUGUCCCCCAUCUUUAUUUGUCAUGAUGAUCAUGCCAUCAUUUUGUGUUGUCUAUCUUGAUACUGAGAGAGCCAAUGACUUUAUUCUAGAUGCAGAACUAGAUAGAAGCUUCAAUGCAAAAAAUAUUUUGCAUAUAGCAGUUUUUCAAGAAAUGUAUUUAGAAAGAGGGAAUAAACGCUUGUUCUUGUUUUCAUAAUCCUUUGUGCCUAGUUUGCAA